AGAGGGAGAGAGAGAGGGAGAGAGAGAGAGAGGUAAAGAAAGAGUGGGCUGCAAGUGAAAUAGCCCACCGUCAUCCUGGUCGCUGAGCUCACCGCGCGCGCACGCUCCGGAGGCUACUGCGGUAAAGAUGCGGCGACGCACGAUGCUUCGCCGCGAUGGAUAAUCGUAAUCGCAAUGGCUUUACGAAGAGGCCGUUCGUCAGAGGAUGAGGACGUCGUGGUGGUGAGUAUGAGGAUGGGGCCAUGAAGACCGAAGCAGGGUGUAACGUUUCGAUAACAGGAGAUGCUCUCCACGUAGGCCACUGAACAAAGAAAGGGAGAUUUGAGAUGCUGAAACUGCUGUGAAAACCCGCCGUAUACCCCCGGAGCAGGACAUCAGUUGUUGGCGGCCGUGUGACUCAGAGCUCCGCCUCCUCGCUCUGACAGGAGCCAACGCUGCCCCCCUCCCCCCGCCACCCUCCCAGCCCGGCGAUCGCACAGCGCUGUCAGCAGGGGAACUGUGGAGCUCUACGGGGGAGAUGAAGCAGGCCCCCGCGGCCCUCGUCUUCCUCGUCUUCCUCGUCAGUGUUUACAGUUCCUGUUUACAGUCCUGACCCACGGGCGUUUUUCCCCCUCCUCUUCAGGAGCGGCGCGGCUCGCCGGUGUCUCGGAGGAACGAGGUCCGCCCAUCACGUCUUUCUCUCCAGGAGAAGGACUGGAUCCUUUUUAAUUCGUCCUUUUUGCAGAACUUGAGACAUAACGCGAGAGAAGCGUAGUCCCAGCCUUUUUAUCAUCCAAUCAAGUUCGACAUGCUUCCGAGUGGAAUGAAACACUGAUAGGACGACACUGGUAAAGUAGAGCAGUUCUCCCUUGAGCCUUUGAAACCGAGAUAUUUUCACUUUUUUCUGCAGUCAGACUGAUCACAUGCUCUUUGAAAUCCUAAUAUACGCGUUCUAAAUAAGAGACACGCAAAACCCAGUCGCUGAACUUUACAUGAGACCUGAAUCGAGCGCGAUGCUCCAGCAAAACAACAACAACAACUACCCAUGCCUCAACAUGACCGGCCCCACAGGUGGAGAGGGCAUCCAGGCAUGCCCCCGGGCCCAUGGGCCCUUCCCCAGCCGCAUGGAGCUCAGUCUGGGGGACCUUCCGCUGGUCAGGGGCCUCCGGGCCUGGGCCCUCUGCUCCAAGAACCGCCUGAAGACCAGGGGAGAGCUGGGGGGUGGAGGGCAUGCUCCAACCAUUGGACCCUCCACCACCAGCACCACCCAUGAGAGGCAGAGCUCCUGCCCCAGGCCUGCGGACAUGUACCCGGCCGGGGAGCUGGGCGGCAUGGGCUACGGGCUUCCGGUGGGGCUGGACGCCAGGCAGGCCGGAAUAGGUGCCCUGGUCACCGUAGCAACGCUGAAGACCUCUGAGGUGGGGGGGAAGACGCAGACCCAGACCCAGUGCCUGUUCCUCCGGACUGAGAAGGGAAGCUGCCUCUACUCCACGACCAAGCCCGGAGGCUGGUCCCUGGGGAAGGGCCCGGGCCUGUCUGCCGGCGGGGCCUCUGCCCUGGUCGGGAGCUGGCUCAGAGGGAAGGUCAGUGGAGGAGGAGGCGGAGGAGGCGGAGAGCACCAGGCGGGGAAGAGAACCAGCGGGCCUCCUCUUCCUCCCCCUCCGGCGGCUCUACAGAGCGGCGGGUCCAACCGGGUCCGGGUGCGUUCGGGCCGGCGCUGGAGGAAGUCCUGCAACGCCAACGGCCCGGGAUCGAACAAAACCACCGGCAUCGGCGGCCAGAGGAGAGGCCGGGAGGAGGCUGGCGGCACGGAAAUCAUCCUGGGAGAAUGCCAGGAAGGGGGAGACAAAGGCGAGUUCCACAACAACCUCCAGGGCGCUCAGGAGGCCGGAGGGGGAGGCCGUAAACAGGAGGGCGGUGCAGGAUGCACAAGGAGCUGCCGAUGCUGUCACAACACUCUGGCCAGGAACUGCGCUCGAUGUGCGAGGCGAGCUGUGCGGUCGGGCGCGAGGCAGAGGCUGGAGGAACACAAGACCCAGGCGGGAGACGAGCGUGGCAUGAACGGGCUGGGGAACAAGGACGGAGGGAAGACAAAUGGAGGACAAGAAAAGGGAGAGCAGGAGAAGGAGAGGGAGGAGGAGGAGAAGAGCAGGUCAAAGCCUCUUGACUCCAUUGUGUCGCUGCCAAACGCUGACUCGCCGACAAAUUGCUUUUACCCAGAAUCCUCCAGCAACAGCGAGGCGUCUGAAAAAAGCUGUGACAAGGACAUUAGGGAAGUAAAUGAACCCCUACAGACAAAAAUGUGCACUUAUUCAGAGAACAAAGAACAGCCCUGCUCCCAAAACAGCAGGAACGAAGACUUUGGCCGGACUCUGAGAAACCCAAGUGGUGAGGAGCUCAACAAUGGCGAGUUGGACACUCCUCUGACUGAUGAUGUUAGACCACACAGUGAGUACCUGGACGAUAGCCUGCCUCUACCAAAUGGCACCUCAUCUCCACCCCUGGUAGUCCGGAACCCUGUGCAGAAACACUGUGAAGACGUGGGGCGUAAUGUAGGUGAGAUCCCAGCGGUAGCAGACACAGAACCAACUCAGGACUCCAAGAGUCCCUGUGACGACCCGCAAGAGGACAGAGGAAACCGUUUGUGGUCCGACGAAUGCGCCGCGGAAACAGCCCCCUGCUGUGAAGAGGGCCUACACCGUCUUACCUCAGCCACACCUGUAGAGGGCAGCACCUUCCCUGCUGAACUAAGCCUCGACACCAUGCAGGGGCAGCGAGGGAGCAGCACUGCAGACGGGGAACACAACAACAGCCAUACAGAGAGCGCUGACGGGGGCAGUGCAGAGAAGGGGGACCGGGACCAUAGUAAAGGUCGUCCACUUGAGUUGUGUGUCAAAUCAGACCAGCUCAUGCCACGAGAAUCCUCUCCUGGGGAUUUAUACACAAAAGAGCCUUUUCAUGAGGAGAAGCCUCUGAAAGAGACGGGCGAUGUAAACUGUAAUGAACCCGAGGUGGUGUUAUCAGAGGAGCAGAGGGGCUCCUGUCAUCAGGCAACGCUGAGUUGUAGAAAUGAGGGGAAGGCCGGUAAAGACGAGGCGAACGCCGCUGACUCUGCCCCAGGGCUCAGAGAGGUAGACGGCCUCCAGGGAGGAUCCAUCCCAGAAGCAGUCAGGGGGACGUUGAUGAAGGUCGCAGAGGGGGAGGAAGAUAAGAGGCUAGGAGAUGAAGAGGAUUGCAGCGGGGUUGAGUUUGAGGAGGGGAGGGGAGAGGAGCUGGCAGGGGAACACAGACGAGCCGAGUCAGGUUUGGAGAGUUCUGUUGACGGCAGCGAGACAGUGCCAGGGCUUAGAGGGGAUGACGGCAGCCAGGAGAUUACUGGAGAAGAGGAGAAGAAGGAGAAUAAUAAGCACGACCAAAGCCUUCAAGAUGGCAGUGCCGGGACGACGGAUGAUGAAAAACACGGCAACUCAGAGGGGAAGUUAGGCCAGGGCGAGGCCGAAUACAUCAGACUGCAGCAGCCGCAACGGGAGAGGGAAAGGGGAGACGCGCUGAAGGCUUCAGGUUUCACUGCAGAGGGACCGACACUCCAGGAAUUUGCCACUGAAUGGACACAAGAGGCAAGCUGUGCACCCUCCCUGUCCCCACGUCUCCUGAAGGAGGAGGAGGAGGAGGAGGGGGAGGAGGGGGAGGCGGCGAGGUGGAGCAGAGACGGAGGACAAAACCCUGUAGAGGCUGUAGUGACCUGUUGCCCCCUCUCACUAAUUCCUACCAUUACAAACGCCGCCGCCGGCCCCCCCCUACCUGAUCCCCCCUAUAAAACCCAUGCCGUGGCUAAUCCCGCCCCCCCUCGGCCCCCGCCGGGAGCCAUGGCAACGGACCCGCAACGCACGGGGGCAGGCGGGAAGAGCGCGUGGACGCAGAGCAGGGUGGAAGAAGGGAGCAGGGAGGGAGUAAGAGGAGCGCAGCAGGAGGAGGAGGAGGAGGAGGAGGAAGAGGCGGGGGAGGGAGCCACGCUGUCUGAGAGAACGGAGGAGCCCGGCCAGGAGAAGGAGGAGCAGGAGGAGAGACUUAAAGAGAGGAGCCAGGAGCAGAGCGCCAUUGUGGCCACCGAGCGAAGGGAGCAGGGGGAGGAGGAGGUAGAGGAGGAGGAGGUGAAGGAGGAGGAGGAGGAGGAGGAAGAUGAGUUUGGGGGGUUCAUGCAGGCGGACGCAGAGCCCGGCUGGAGCGAGGGAUUUACUCCUUCUGCCCCAGAGGCUUGUGGGAACACAGAAAACACUGGGGAGUUAACCCAAUGGACAUCUGGCUGGACGGACGACUCAUUCCACCAAUCAGACGACUGCUGGACAGCUUUUUCUCAGGACUCAUUGGUUGCGAGUGGUGACCCAGUAGCACAGUUGUGGCCAAUCGCUGCUGGGGAAGAGCAGAGAGGGAGGCCCUCAUCCAAUAAGAAUGUGAUGGACGUGUUGUCUGAGGCCUUCCCCUCCUCAGGCCAGCUGGCCUCUGACCCCGGGACUGGGUCUGGGAUGGUCCCAACGCUGACCUCUGAGACGGGGGUGGAGUCUGGGACGGUCCCAACGCUGACGCAGCUCCUUCAGGGAGAGCGACACCACUCCAGGACCACCCAAGACCAGGGUCUGUUGGACAAUUUCCACGACUUGAACAAAAUGAUUGGUCAGCGCUACAAGAGGACCAAUGGCGUGUCUCGCGACCUGCUUCUCAAGACCUUAUACCUGGAGCCGGCCUACACUGAAAUCAGAAACAUAUCCAGGCCGACCAAUCACAGGCUCUCCCCUGGCCUCCCUUCGGCCAAUCGGCACGCUCAGAGCUCCAAGCGGCGUCUGUCGUACGACCACAACAGAAACAUCGCAGAGUAACGUGUCAGAGUGGGAGCCCAGCGUCGCUCCAGCCUGUCUGACUGCUGUACGGUGCACUCCCUGGGUGGAAGUGGACUUUUAGACUUUCAACAGGAUUCAGCCACAGCCCGAGGGAAUUGGACCCAAACACUUUUUUCUAAAGACCACAAAGGUUCACCUCACACAUCCACUGUGUAUCACCUGCAACGUAUCCCUAGAUUUGACUAUUCGUCUAACCUAUUUUUGACCUUGUUGCAGUUCUUCGUCCCCUGACAGCCGUAUCACUUAGAUUUGCCACAAAUUGCAUCAGUUAUUGGCAAUUUAAAUGAAAUGUCAAUAAUAUCAGCAAAGCUUGAUGCAUGACACAAACACCGUUGAUUUCUUCUCGCUUUUUUUCAGAGAAUAAGUGUAUGGACCAGACUGUUUGGUAGGAAAGCACCUGGGCAGCUUUUUAGAGCGAUAGUUGAGAGCGUAGUUUCCAUUGACGGCUACUUGAAAUCUGCUUGUAAAGAAGCACUACAGUCCUCCCGUUGUUGUAGCGGUGAAAACGUUACUGGCGAAACUUUAAAAUCACUAAUUUAAGUCACUGACUCUAGUUUAAGCUUUUGAAGUUGGAAACGUCUCCCGUUAAGUAAAACCUCAAAAUGACUUAAAAUGACUGGUUCUCAUCUCUUUUGAAACAUUUGUGAUCCCAAAGUGACCACAAAGCAGGUAGAGAGCAUUGAUGCUCUGGCUACCAGCUGAUCCAUCUGAACUAACUCGCUUUUUCAUCAUCCCUUGACCAUCUCCAAAGUCCAAGGUUUUGAGAAAGAGUUGAUUAAUAUAAUCAGGAUAGGAUUAAUUUGUCCUGGUUUAUGUUAUUUACUUUUUUCCCACCAUGUGAAUUGACUGCUCGAAGAUGUGUGUUAACCUUCAAAUGUCAAACAUCAUUUUAUCCCAUGUGAUCAUCGAACUUGACCUUUUGUUGUUUGCUGAACUUGAAAUGGCACUUAUGAUAGUAAACCUCUUUUUUCUAUCCCAACAGGAGGGAUUAUAAUUGAUUAUUUCUCUGGUCACAAUAGAAAUGGCAAAUGUGUGAUUUUGUUGUGAGUUCUUAAGAGUUUUUGUUGUGUACUGUCAGUAACACUGGAAUUAUUAUUAUUACCAAAUGUGAGAAUUGAUUUGAUCAGAAAAAAUAUAUAUUCGUCUUCCAAACAGUGCCAAUAACAAACUGAAUAAUUAAAAGUGCCAAUUUUUUUACAAGGUUACUUAAAAUCGAUGGCAGAGUUGGGCAUUUGUGAGGAAGUGUUUCUUCACAAAUCGUCUGUAUUCUCGAAUCGACACAAACCGGCCUCCAGCCUUCUCUUAAUUAAUCUCCUCUCCGUCUGACUGCAUGUCCGUCUUUCUGUCUGUCCGUCAAUGCACUGAUUCCAUUACUUUGCCGAGGCCCGUGUUGAUUCAAAACCCAAGCCUACCUGCCGAUCCGAACGCUGUUCUCGCGAGAGGAACGAUCAAACUGUCAUCAUCUCCAUAGCGCAGUGAACCGUUUUGCAACCAAAUUUUGAUUCCUUUCAACAUUCUGUCAUGUGUCAGAGGUCAUGUGUGGUGAAUGUCAGCCAUUUGUACAAUCUGUGGAUUCCAGCAGAAAAAGAUGAAUAUUUUCUGAACUGUUCACAAUGAAAAAAAUAAAAAAGGUCAACUUGUCAAGUGAUGUAAUAAAAUGAUCCCGCUGUAA